AUGGGCAAUCAACCAUCAUCUGGCGAAGGCGGAGGCGUGGGUAGUACCACCAGCAACAAGGUCCGCGGUUUUAUGGGCAAGGGACUGUUGGGGUUGAGCAAGGCAGAGCUGGAUGAACGCUGUCGACCCAGUGGUCUCUACCCCAGCUGCCAGUGGGAAGACAAGGCGGUCCGCAAGUUGAUUGGCGAUGGCAAAUUGUCGGCUCGUUUGCGCGGCACGGAGAAUCGUUCGUCUCCUACGGAUCGCGAAUGUCCCAUUUGUUUUCUGCAGUACAAAGAAGUCAACACGACAAAGUGCUGUUCGGCAUUUAUCUGCACCGAGUGCUAUCUCCAAGUGAGACCGCAAAAGGCCAAAUCACCCAGUUGUCCCUUUUGCAAUCACAGUAAAUUCUCGGUGACGGUCGCUCAAGCCAUGAACGCCGAAGCCAUGUUGUUGCGCGAAGAAACUGAACAACGAGUCAUUGAAGCCAAAAUUAGAGAACAGCAAAGCCAACAAAACAGUAACUCUCCCAAUGGUGACAACAAGGCUGGUGGUGCCGCUGAAAAGAAUUCCUUUGGAUCGUCACUCGAACAAAAUGAACGAAUAGCCACACUCCGCGCACGAUCUUCCAGUCUCUCCGAUCAACAAGAGAAUUUCGAAUCCAUUCCAGAAGAUGUCUUGAGAGAAUCCUUUGCCAUGACACCCGAAGAACGACGCAUGCUCGAAGACGAAAUGAGAGCACAGCAUUCUCAUCCGCUCUCACUCAGACUCGAAGCGGAAGCGGAAGAACGACGCAUUCAAAAUGAACAAGAGUUCUUGCGCAAUAAUCCAACUCAUGCCUUUUUGGAACAACAACGGCGGUAUCGAUCCGCACGGGCCAGUGGUAGUAGAACAACCGGUGGUGCCGAGCCACCCCGAAGAAAUUGGAAUCAAAUUGUUGAAGCCUUUGAACGGGGUGGACAUGGUGAAGUCAACUCAUUGGAUGAUUUGGUCGUCUUGGAAGCGGCCAUGAUCCUAAGUAUGGAAGAAGAAGGCCGACGUCGUGGCAGCAAUAGUGCUGCGCCAGACGGAGCCGCAGAACCCUUUGACGCCAAUCGACACGCCAAUGAAGGAUUCCCUCUGGUGCGAUCCAUACUCUCGGGGCGUCAAUCCGGGACAGCAACGCGGGAUGAGGAUCAAAUUCAAAACUUGGCCAAUAGUAUCUACAAUUCUCGACGACGAAGUGGACGAAACUCUCUCUUGCGGGCGGCGUACGGGGCUGGCAACAACAACAAUACUAAUAAUGCCAAUGCACCCAACAACAACAACAAUACUGCCAAUGCACCCAACAACAAUCAAUUGGAUACCGCCAUGGAUACCGCAGGAUUGUUAAUGCGAGGAAUUUCCGAAGAUGAUCAGAUUGCCAUGGCCAUUGCGGCUAGUUUGCAGGAACAGAGUCAACCCAAUGAAGAGGAAGGCGGGGAGGAAAAUGAAACCAGUGGCGGCGAGAACGAUGACGCAGAAGGCGAAACGAGCGCGCAGGAGCCAGAAUCGAGCGGCAACACAGCGGAGGAACUACAAGCAUCAGAGGACGCUGCAGUAGAGGCGGCCUUGGAAUCGGCCGAAGCCACAAGUACCGAGGCAACAGAGACCGCGCCAGAGGAACCCUCCAACACUACAGAACCAACGAACGCUCCCGCUGACGCGGGUGCAAGUGAUGUCCCAGCCGAGUCUUUGGAUGACGAAAACCAUGGGGGCGCAAGUUGA